GCGGACGGAGUGAAUAUUUGUGAUUUCUUUAGACAUUUUAAGGGUAAUUUUAAGGGCAGACCCUAUGAUUCUGACACCCCACCGAGUCGCAUGUUUGAGAAUUCUUCCGUUUGUAAAGACUUCAGCAUUUUUAUUCGUGAAGAAUUAAAGGAAAGAAUUCGUAGCGGGUGUAUCCGUGUCUGGGGUAGAGUAGGUUCAUGUCCCCUUCCCAAAAUUAUUAUGCCUUUGACGGUAGAAACUUCGAAGCUUCGUCUUUGCCACGGCGAACGGUUUUUGAAUCAGUGGAUCAAGGAUUUAGACACUCUAAGAGAUGUGCAUCGUUUAAUCCAUAGGGAAGCUUUUAUGGUAUCUUUUGAUGCAAAAUCGGGUUAUGAUCAUGUCCGGUUGUCUGAGUCAUCUCAGACGUAUUUUGGGAUACAAUUCGGAGAGUGGAUUAUGUCGUACACUACUUUGCCUUUCGGCUGGAAAGCCUCCGCGAUUAUAUAUCAAUCCGUGGGUAUGGUCGUUACCUCUUAUCUUCGUAGUUUCGGGGUUAGAACAACUCAAUAUAUUGAUGACCGGUUAGGGGGGGGGGGGGUAUUGGGUAGCCAAGAAGCGCAGGUAAGGGUGGUAGCUUACUCAAUGAUUGAGUUAAUCACAAGGUUGCGUUAUACAUUGUAAAUUGGGAAGUGCGUUUUCACACCGGUUAAAUGUAUUAAAUUCUUAGGAUUUUUUGUGGAUUCGGUGACAGAAGCUUAUAUUUUGCCACCGGAAAAAAAUGAAUCGUUUAUUGAGCCCAGGGAGUUUAUUUUGUCCGUCGAGCGUGUUGGGGUAAAAACUUUACAAAGAUUUAGUGGUAAAUGUAUUUCCUUGUCCUUGGCCAUUCCCGGGUGUAAGUUAUGUUGCAGAGAGAUAAACUUGGGGAUAUUUUUUUGCCAGAAGAAUAGUUCAAUGGUAACUGUUGGAAGCGAAUUGCGGACUGAGAUGCAGCAUUGGAGGUUUUUGGAUAAUUGGGAGGGACAUUCCAAAUGGCACCCGGAGUCCCAUCGCGACUAUUUUCAGGCGGAUGAUGCAGGAUCCAUACACUUGAAGGAAGCUGCGGCGGUCCUAGAAUCUUUUUGCUCCUUGACUUCUGAACUUAGGGAUAGCCGUGUGGGUGUUUAUACGGAUAAUAUGUCAGAUAUUCAUGCUUGGAACAAUCAAGGUGUUCGGCAUAGGGCUUUGAAUGAGUUAACGAAAGAAAUGCUUCGAAUGAUCAUGGGGCUGAAUAUUGAUUUGAGAUUAAAUUAUAUAUCGUCAAAAGAAAAUCCCUUUCCCGUAAAUAGAUUAUUUGGAUACGAAAUUAUCUCUGGGAAUUCAUGGGCCCUUAUUGAAUCAGCGUUUGGCCCGCAUUCUGCUGAUCUCUUGGCGUGGGAUUCUAAUUCUAUGACGAGGAGGCACUUCACGCCUGAUCCCACUCCCGAAAGUUCUGGGGUCAAUGUAUUUGCUCAGCAAAUUCGCGAAGAAAUCAACCCGUAUGCCCCACCCUUUUCACUUAUUUUUCCGGUUUUGUGUCUUUUGAGGGAUGAAAGGGUCGAAUCAUGCACGUUUGUGGUUCCAAUCUUCUACCCAGUUCCCGUUUGGACCCCAUUAUUGCAUACUCACUUGUUUUCGAGUGUACUGUUGGGCUCCGUUCGAGAGUGUGGUAUCCUGGAGGUCCUGUCUAAGAAGGGAUUUCGUGGAGAUACCCGUGGAUUAAUGUGGCGAUUGUCUGCUUACAGACUGUGUUUUAAAUAUUUAACACUUAAAGAAAGAUUCGUUCUGCUGCGUGACCAAGCUUGGUUUAAACUUCAAUUUUUCGCCGGUGAUCGAGCUUGUGAUCGUGCAAGGGUUGUUUGCCAUGACAUUAGAAGCCUGGACGAUGCAUCCGGUUUCGUUUUCAAUCAUACUUUUGGGAAAACACUCCGCGGUUUAAAGGCGAAGAAAAACUAGUUUGUUAUUAAGCGUUGUGAGGAUAAGCUUAUUUAUCCUGUCUAUGCAUUGCGUAGCUGUAGGCUAAUGGGUGUCAAUUUAUCGAAUGGUUAUCUGUUUCGGAUUGUGUCGGAUUCUGGUACCGCCCUUGAUAAUCCUGUUACCUAUUCUGUCGUUUAUGGGCGGCUUCGUUUGUAUUUGUCCACUCUGGGUCUCUAUCAGAGUGAAACCCCACAUAGUUUCAGAAGUGGGUGCGCCUUCACCCUGGCUCUAUCGAAUCCAGACGUUGACCUGAGGGAAAUUAUGGACCACUGUGGUUUAUUUACCGAAGGAAGUGCUGAAUAUUAUUCUCGAGCCGGUGUAAGGAAUAGUAUGAGAGAGAGAGAAAUGGGGUUUAACGUCCACUCGACACAAACUAGGUCAUUUCGGGACCAACAUAUGGUUUAAUUUUUUUUAUUUCAAUAAUUCGCUUGCGCGUAGGGGUCUUUAGCAGUGGGAGGAAACCGGAGGACCCGGGGAAAACUCACGAGGUUGGACAGGCGACCCUACUCCUUGUCACGUACAACCGGGGAAUCGAAACCCCGCCAGUUGACUCAAUGACAGACCGUAUGAUAAAGCGCGCGCGUGCUAACCAUUCGGCCAUCCAACCCCCCGGAAUAGUAUGAGAGUAGCACAUAGACUAGCCGAAGGUGUACCCAAUGCCCAUACUAUAGAAGCCAUUUUUAAUCGUG